AUGGCAUUCACCGCCGAAAAGAAGAACCUCAUCACCCUUGUGGUCGAUGACUUGAAGCUGAGCCAAGUAUGGAUCAGCACUGAAGCCAAACUGAGGGAGCCGACCUCGGUCAGCAUCCUUUCAGACCCAGUUUGGGCUUGGAACGACGAGAACAGCGAGACGUGGAGCAGCACAUCCGAUGAAGACGAGUACCAAUGGAACCAGAUGGAAGAGCAAGAUCAGCCAAAAGAACACCAGUACGAGCCAGCAGAACAGCACCAGUACCAAGUAGGCCAAGGAUAUGACUUAUAUUUUCAGGAUCAAGGAGAGUACCAGGUUCCAGUACAGUACGAGGUGCCGGUUCAGUACGAGGUCCCGGUUCAGUACCAGGUUCCAGUACAGUACGAGGUCCCGUUACAGUACCACGUUCCGGUCCAGUACCAAGCCCCAGUUCAGUACCAGGCGCCAAUCCAGUACUGUUACGUACCCGUCCAGCCAGUGUAUUACGUGCCAGUUCAACCGGUGUACCAGAUGCCACAAACAACGGUUCCAACGGAAGUCGGAGGAUGCUACUACUACCACUAG